UGGAACGAGCGGAGCGGCAGCGCUCUGGGAACGGACACUGCUGUCAACGAUACCAGGCGUUUCUUUUCUCAUGCAUAAUCUUCCUCAUAAAUGAUUAAAGCAACCUCUUCAAUGAAAUGUGCAGACUUUUAGCAGCAAUUUCAGAGCCAAAUGUAUUGCUGUGUAUGUAAACCAAAAGUGCUUUAUAUAGCCAGUGCUUGUGUAUUGUGUGGCGGGUGAUGCAUACAACACAUACGGUGAGUGUGUGACUUGGCAGCACUGGCGGAGGCAGUGCAGGUUGUUGCAGCGGUGUAUCUGAGCUGCUGCUGUGCUCAUGGCUCAGAGGAGGGCUGCCAGCGGCUGCUGCUGCCCCAGGGCGCCCAUGAAUGAAGACAAUGCCCGUUUCUGCCUGCUGGCCGGGCUCAUCCUGCUCUACUUGUUGUGCGGGGCGGCCAUCUUCUCAGCCCUGGAACACCCCUUUGAGCUGCGUGCCCGCCGCCUCUGGAAACAGCAGCUGGACAACUUCACCCAGAGAUACAGGGUCAACCUGGGCGCCCUGCACACUCUGCUGCGGCAGUACGAGGAGGCAAACGGAGCUGGGAUCAGAGUGGACACGUUGAGGCCACGCUGGGACUUUUCUGGAGCUUUCUACUUUGUGGGCACGGUCGUCUCCACUAUUGGGUUUGGCAUGACCACACCGGUGACCAUAGCUGGAAAAAUAUUCUUAAUCUUCUACGGUCUUAUAGGCUGUGCUGCCACCAUCCUGUUCUUUAACCUCUUCCUGGAGAGGAUCAUCACAAUGUUAGCUUACAUCAUGCGCUGGUGUCAUGAGCGUCGACUGAGGUGUGCUGGAGUCGGGGUGGAGUCGAGCAGGGAGGAGUCGUCCGGCGAGGAGGACAGCCUGGAAGGCUGGAAGCCCUCCGUCUACUACGUGAUGCUGAUCCUUGGCGUGGCAUCGGUUGUGAUUGCGUGCAGCGCAUCCACUCUGUUCAGCUCCAUGGAGAACUGGAGCUACGUGGACUCCCUUUACUUCUGCUUUGUGGCCUUCAGCACCAUCGGCUUCGGGGACCUGGUGAGCAGUCAGAGGCAGCAGUAUGAAUCUCAGGAGGCCUAUCGGCUCGGGAACUGCCUUUUCAUCUUAAUGGGGGUGUGUUGCAUUUACUCACUCUUCAAUGUCAUUUCUAUUAUCAUCAAGCAAACCCUCACCUGGAUCGUUGGUAAGCUUGUGUGUUCAGGGCGCCAUCGGCCCUGCUCCUGCUCUAAAUCUGGCUGCCGGUGGCUCUGCUGCCCCUGCCUCCAGAAAAAAAAUCACAACCGCCUGCACCAGCAAGCACACCUCAGACGAAAACGCCUAAAACGCAACACCGUGCAGCCCAUCUCAUCCCACUGCCCUGCAGGAAGACACCACUACAGGGACGGCUCGGUGGACACGGUUUGUGACAGUGAAACGGACGCAGGCGCAGUGGCUGAGGGGGUGUAUGUGGACCGUCGUCUGUCAGGAGAGAUGAUCUCUGUAAAUGAGUUCAUGGUGUCCAAUAAGGUGUCUCUGGCUCUGCUGCAGAAGCAGCUGAGUGAGACAGCUCACCAGGGCCCGCGGCAGAGCUACAGCCAUCAAAAUGGAUUCUCUGGUGGUGUGGGCGCCUUGGCCAUUAUGAAUAAUCGCCUACAGGAAACCAGUGUGGAUAGGUAGCACUAAUGAGAUGUAAUUCUUAUGUACGUUGCUUUCUUUAUAUUGGAGCACUAAUCCAACGUAUUUCCUUACUGAGGGAUUUAGAGAAAAUUAGUAAUGUAUCCCAUUACAAAUCCAAAUUCUGUCAUUAGAAUAAUUUCCCUCUAACUAGCGUCUGUUCAGCACCUCUCUCAUCCAUUCCAGGUCUUUCCAGAUAAUAGCAGACCUCCAGUGUGGACUCUGGACAUCAAAUAAUUGAUUACAUUUUGUUCUGCUUGGAGAAAGAGAGCAAAGAAUAUGAACACAAUUUCAACAAUUCAGCAUCACUGUGAAGAGGGGUCUGAUGUCCUGAAGUGAUUGGCUUAUUCAAAAGCAAUCAGAUGAAAGAAGCAGCAAAGGAGCACUCAAAGGGGACUGCUGAUUUAAGAGUGCUGCACAUGUCCCCAUGUGAAGACGUAGUCAGUAUUAGGGAACAUACAGACAUAAACACAAUAUCUACUUAACUAGCUGCAUAUAUAAAAAUUUGAGCUUUGAUUUGUAUUUAAACCGAGCUCUUUGAAUGAACUACAGCAGCUCCCGAGCAUAGUGAAAGAGACAUUUUAAUGUUGAUUGCUCACAAGUCACCCAUUUUGUUUCAUCAAUGCAUGUCAUUGAAAUUUGUAGUAAUCAUGAAAGAGCGCUGAAAUCCAGGGUUUUCAAUAGAGCACAUCUAAUCAAACGUGGCCUGUAGAGGACGUCCUUAUGCCAAUAAGUGCUGUGUCGAUAGUCAACGGUCAACAGCGGAGAGCAAGAUUCAGGCUCUUUACUAUGCAAGAAAACCCAUUUUAAUCCGCUCUGUUGUUCUGUAUCAUCUACAUGUUUUCAUCAGUGUGAGGAGAAAAGCUUCCUUCUUAGAGACAAAAUCAUCCAUUUUCAGCUUGAUGAAUCGUCUUCACUGUUACUAAUUUAAAAACAAUGAGAAAAGCAGUUCUUUAGUGAGUUAUUGUGGGUAAAUAUACUGCAAGUCGUCAAUUAAAUAUUCUUUAUUUAGGUUUCAAACCGUCAUGACUCUUAACAU